AAAGUGGCUACUUUUGCUUGCUCUGUUUGACUGGAUAUUGAUCAACCGUAUUGUGAACAUUGAAACCAUUUCUGGCAGCAACCAUGGUCAGCCAGUCGCAUCUAGUACCAGCAGGCGAUAUACUGUCACAUACAACAACUACACGAGCAUGCUUUGUGUAUCAUCUCAGAUUGAAAAUCAUACUCAAUCUGAGAAGAAAAUCAUCAAUCAUGGAUGCUCUGUGUAUCUUCUCAGUCGCUGGAGUACUAUUCAUCAACAUGAUUGAUGAUUCGAGAACGCAAAUGCCAGCGAACAUCGCAACUUUAUUACUAUGAUUCAACGUGCACAUUGAUCAAGAAGCAAAGACAAGUACUGAAGAAAGAGGAAGACCUUUCUUUCUUUCUCCCUUUUUCUUCAUUUUCAGCCUCGGUCAGCCGCCGCUGAUCGGCGGGAUGAUGGCGAGCUCGUCCCCGUCGGCGACGGGGGCGGACUCGGGCGCGUACUCCUCGUUGAGCGCGAGCACCAUGGAGCGGCGGAUCUCGUCCAGCUUGGGGAACGAGGCCAGCACCCGGCCGAGGCACUCCCCCGCGGUGCUCCCGGAGGGCACCUCCACGGAGGACUCCGCGACGCCCGUCAGAUCCCGCGCGCGGGCGAAGAACAGCACCUUCACCCUCACCUUCGCCGCCGCCGCCGGCGGCGCUGAUCCGGCCACGGGGUCGUCCCCGGGAGCAGCGUCCGGAAGCAUGAGGAAAGGAGGAGGAGACCGUAAUUUUUCUGGACUCUGGGGUACGACUACGGGAUAUGACCACGACGGAGGCGGGGGAAGGAUUGCAUUGACCAAAAUACCCCUCGUUCUGACUGCUGCCCUCCGGACUACGGCGCCACCACGCCGCUCGCCGGACCCCCACACAGCACACACGUCCGCCUGUCGCCGCCCGCGGGAGCCCCGCCGGCGAAACUCGAGCAUCCACUCUCGUGUGCCGUCGCACGCGCGCCAGUUGAGUUCACUGCUCGUCAAAUCGCCUUUUGGCUCGGCUUCUAACCGGCGGCGCAUCUGCGCUGAGGACAACGUGUUCGAUGAAAUGCCACCGGCUGGGCUUUUGGCUCGGCGAGUCGUGCGUGGGAGAACUGAACCGCUGGUGAGGCCUGUGCGUCCUCUCAGGGCGUGGACGCGAUGGCUACACGGCGGCAGGGAGCCACAGGAAGAAGAGUUCCCGUACGCCGACGUGCCCCGGCCCGGGAGGAAGUGGGAGAGGAAGCCGUACGUGACGCCGAUGAAGGUCCUCAUCCGGAGGGCCAAGGAGGAGAGACGGGCCCGGCAGGAGGCCCCGUGCCGCGUGCUGGAGCACCCGCCCGCCAACGGCCUUCUCGUGCCGCACCUUGUCGAGGUUGCGCAUCGGGUACACAGAGCAAGGGAGAGGCUCCUCAGCGGCCUCGCCAGCCUUGUCAAAGGUGAAGCUGCCAUCCCGGUGAAGCGAUGCAGGUUCUGCUCGGAGGUGCACAUCGGUAACAUCGGGCACGAGAUCAGGACGUGUGAAGGCCCCAAUAGCGCAUCGAGGAACUCCUUGCACGUGUGGCGGCCAGGGACGGUACGGGACGUCCUCGGCUUCCCAUACUGCUACCACCUGUUUGAUCGCGUUGGGAAGCCCAGGGUGGUGCACAAGGAGAAGUACACCGUCCCGAGGCUACCGGCCAUCCUGGAGCUAUGCAUCCAGGCCGGUGUCGACGUCGAGCGUUACCCAACCAAGAGGAGGACGAGGCCAGUCUACUCAAUCGACGGCAGGAUUGCAGACUUUGAGCUGGACGAUGAAGACGGCUCCUCCGAAGCAGAAACAUCACCUGAAGCUUGGUCGUGUCAAUCGCCGCUGCCUCAAACGAGUUCUGCUUGUACUGCCCAUGCCGGUGAUCGAACAGAAGAGAUCACUGUGAGGGAGAUGAGCUCCAGGACGCUGCAGUCCUGGCUGGAGAUGCGGUCGGGCGGAGUGAGGCUGAUGAGGAAGUACGGUGUGGUCACCUGCGGGUACUGCCCGGAUGUGCAGGUCGGGCCCAAGGGCCACAAGGUGAGGAUGUGCAAGGCGAGCAAGCACCAGCAGCGGGAUGGCCAGCACGCGUGGCAGGAAGCCACAGUAGAUGACAUCGUCCCCCUGAACCAUGUCUGGCAUGUCCGCGACCCAGCUGGCGACAGUGUACCUCUCGCGAACGAGCUCAAGAGGUACUAUGGCAAGGCCCCGGCCGUGGUGGAGCUCUGCGUGCGUGCGGGCGCGCCAGUACCGGCGCAGUACAGGAGCAUGAUGCGGCUGGACGUUGUGCCGCCCGCACGCGACGAGUACGACCUUGUUGCCUGAUACUCAGACUGGCAUUGCGGUGCCUGGUGCUCAUGCAUGUUUUUGAGUUCGCCCACAUGUCGGAGCUGCACAAGGUUGAAAUGGUCAGGAUGCCGAUGCUUUUUUUCUUUUGAGGGUUGCCGAAUUUCUUCAGGGCAUGUUUGUUUCUUCAGGGCAUGUUUGUUUUUCCUUAGUUUUCAUCUAAGUCUGGGGAGAGAAGUCUACAUUACCCCCUGAACUUGUCUUAGGGUUUACUUUACAACCCUCAACUUUACUUUGGUUCAAAUUUCACCCUCCAAGUUUAAAAGCCGUUCAUAAUACAACCCUGAGAUGUAAUGAUAUAUUUUA